AAGCAUGGGCAUGGUAGACGCGUACUCGUAGAGAGGGAGAGGCACGAGAGGCACGAGAGGCAACAAUGGCACGAUGGUGAGAAAUAGAUGCAAGCACCUGCACCUAACCUCUCUUUGCAUCAUGGAAGUGUGAUUGAAAAGUGACGAUUGUAUGGAAAAGAUGGGCAGAGGCACAAUUGGAGUUCACAAGGUCGUGAAAGCUUGUGCCAGCAGUGAAAGAGGCAGAGGGGGCGAGGUGGGGAAGUCACGGGUCAGCGCAGCGACGCGCCAAAUCUAUUGACGCGAUUUCGAAGGUUGGGCCUACGCUACCGGAAAAGUACCUAAAGGCGAAUUCAACAACCACCGACUCUAAUCCACCAGAUACCCACCUCAAAAGCCCAAUCGCCCUCGAAAUAAUCGUCCAACGGUUGCGACAGUCUGCCAACGAUACCAAUGGGUUCAUCAGGCAUAAUAUCGGUGUUGUCCAGCCCUCAUGACUAGACACAAUCUCAAUCUGCACAUCUCCUGGCUCAUAUCCCACGGCGUCGCUCCACCUGCAAGUGCCCUUGAUAUUGUCCAAUCGAACGCGAAUCGGAAUACCACCGCACACUUAGUCGAAGAGAAUUCCAACUUUUUGGAGGAGGCGGAGGAGGAAACUCCCAGGAUUGUGCCAAAUCCCGCGAGAAAUCGAACACCCGUUGAGACGAACAAUACAUUUGUCCGGCCACCUCUCCCUCACUCGGUUGCACCCAAACCCCAGCCUCGAGAGGGCAUAUCAGCUUCAGAGGACUCACAGAUGUUAAAGCUUGGUUCUUCUUCGAAGCCCCCACGGCCGGGCCUUUAUAGUCAACAACUUGCCACCCCGGCCUCAACUAGUAGUACGGCUGCUCCGCCCAAGUCUACUUUGUCGCGUUCCUAUGGCACUUUCUUGAGAGAAAGGAGUGGUAUGUUGAAAUAAGCUACCUGUUCAAGUUUUCCACUAAUGGCAGUAGGUACGCCAACUUCGAAGACCCCAGUCGAACGUUCACACGCCAGGCUUUCGAGACGUCUACAAACCCCGCAAACCCCACAACAAACUCCUCGUGUAGAAACCAAGAUUGAGUCUGUUGAUUUGACGGGCGAUGAUUAUGGAUACGAACACAAUUCACUUUCAAGCAGCUCAGAUUUGGUAUUUGGGGAACCAACAACACUUUGGCGGGAGGAUUCGGCGUCGAGAGCGGAGCCGCUUCCUCUGGGACGCGCAGGCAAGAAACGGAAGAGCGAUGAUAUCUCGAGGACGAGCCCUAGAAAACGAAAAGAGAGUGCUAAGCCAGAGGAGCAAUUCCGAAGCGCUCGCCAGAAAAGUUAUGACAACGAUGAUUUCCAGGACAUCGAAGACAUAUUCCUCUCCCAACGUGACCAGAAGACCGAGGCUCGUGAUGCAAAAGUAUUGCAGCCGAGCAUCGAAGAUGUGGAUCCCGGAAACGAAUUGGAUGAAUUUGAAAUAAUGGAAACUACUCGAACAGUUGAAACUCGCACCCGCAUAAGUCGAGUCCCAUCCGGGAACAUCACCACUUUGAAAUCAUCUCGUCCGACCUUAGAGGAACCUUCCGAGUCCAGAAUAGCUACCCGCAGUCAGACACCAAAGCCACAGCUAACUAUUCAGGUGCAGGCAUCACCAAUUGUGAACAUAAAAAACUCUCCUACUUCCUCCCUACAGACUCCCCGAAACAGAAAAAAGCGUCGUGUGCACAAUACGAUCAGAGAUACAGACGACGAGGAUUCAGAUAUAGAGGUGAAAGUUACUUGUUCUCAUAGGCAAUCGGCUAGGAAGCACCCCGGAGUUAUAGACUCCCUCAGUAGCAAAUUGGAGGAGAUCCCUUCGUUCAUGUCACCUACUCGGAAGCCAAGGGCCCUCAAAAGUCCUGGUUCAAAAGCUGGAAGCCCUUUGCGACCUAUAUCGGAAAACCCCACACAGCCACAGGAACACGCUUUGUCUGCGCCCAAAGGAGAUUCCCCAUCCAAAAGCCAAUCCCAAUCCAAGCCCCUAGUUUUGCAGCCGAGCCAACAGCUGUUUUCAUCGUCCCUAACGCCCGACGACAGGAAUCUAGUAAACACAUAUUUGAAGUAUCCUGCUGCUAUCUCUUCGUAUCAGCAAAGAUUAGAGGCAUUGGUGAAACAAAAUGCUUGGGAGAGUAUGGCAAUCAUGGAUCAGGGUAAACUGGUCCCGGUCGACUUGAAAACCCAUCGCAUGGAAUUGUUAGACAAGCAGAAAUGUUAUGUUGCAUUGGAGGAACUUGGUCAGAUAUGUAGGGACCUCCAGGGAGACAAAAGGACCGUUGUCCAGCAAAUGCUCCUGCAAACAGAUGCAGGAGCCGAUACCACCCCGGAGGAGGAGCGUAUUGCAGCGCUUUCUCGUCAGAUAAAACAGCUUGAGGGACAGAUUUCUCAGUUACUUCAUAAGUCAGGUGCCAUACAGGAUGGAUUUGGUACUGAAUCAGAAACUGCAAUGGGUCUCUCUGGCUCUGCCCCAAUGGAACCAAAACCGCAGGACCGUAUCCCGCCUCUCCCUUCUGGACAAAGCAGCCUUGGGAUCGCUCAUGUAGUUUUGCAGACUCAGUUCCCGCCCCUGCCGCCACAAGUCUCUACAGGCUCCAACACAACUGACCCCGAGGCGGAAUACCACCGGCCCUCUUCCAGGAUUAUCGCGACUGAUGAGUCUUUUGGCAAUCAAUACCGAGGGUCGCCGUCUCCCGCUCGACGCACAGCUAUACCAUUCCCCGCUGAGAAACAGGAAGCAUCGUCUUUCAAUAGUGGCCGGGCUGAGAACCAAGGAGCCCUGCGACAGCCAGUUUUUCAACGUGAUCCUACCCCCAUGGAAUAUGACCUCGACGAUGACGAGCUUGACCUCCUCAUUAAUGAAGAGCAGGAAAUCCAGGAAACCAAUGGAGUCAGUGGUCAAACAAAGGGCAAAGUUACAGAGGAAGACUUUGGGGAUGAUUUUGAUGACGAUGACCCGGACUUGCUUGCCGUGGCCGCUCAGGUCGAAGUACAGCAAUCUUUCCCAAAACCUUUGCCUAAAUCAAGUACUCGGGAAAGCUCUCGAAGCGUUUCGACUGCUUCAAAAUCGCGGCAGUCUGGCGAGAAACGAACCAUGUAUACAACCGAUGCAGCGCAUGCCAGUAUGAUGAAUCAUCCUUGGUCCGCAGAUGUCAAAAAAGCCCUCAAGGACCGAUUUGGUCUUCGCGGUUUCAGAAAGCAUCAACUCGAGGCAAUCAAUGCUACUUUGUCUGGAAAAGAUACAUUUGUUUUGAUGCCCACUGGUGGUGGGAAAUCCUUGUGCUAUCAGCUGCCAGCUGUGGUUCAAUCCGGAAAUACCAGAGGUGUCACCAUAGUCAUCUCUCCAUUGCUCAGUCUCAUGAAGGAUCAAGUUGACCACUUGACCGCUCGGCAUAUCCAAGCAUUUCUGAUCAAUGGGGAGACCCCUCAGACCGCACGCGACAAGAUAUUCUCAACUCUUGGGCAACCUAAGCCAGAGCAGUUUAUCCAACUGCUCUACAUAACCCCCGAGAUGAUAGGAAAAAGCGGGCAGCUUAUGUCCUAUCUGUCUAAGCUGCAUGCGCUAAAAAGACUUGCCAGAAUUGUUGUCGAUGAAGCUCACUGUGUUAGCCAAUGGGGUCACGACUUUCGUCCUGAUUAUAAGAACCUGUCGGCCGUUCGACAGAAAUACCCUGGCGUGCCACUGAUUGCAUUAACCGCAACAGCCACAGAGAAUGUCAAGGCGGAUUGUAUUCACAAUUUGGGUAUGAAGGACUGUCAGGAAUUCAAGCAAAGUUUCAAUCGACCCAAUUUGUAUUACGAAAUUCGCACCAAGAAAGGCAAAGGUUCUGGUGCCGAAUGCAUGGAAAGCAUGACAGAGUUGAUUCUGGGAAAGCAUAAAAGGCAAAGUGGAAUUAUCUAUACCCUCUCUCGAAAGAAUUGUGAAGAGUUGGCUGCCAAACUGGUUGAGAGGGGAAUAAAAGCACAUCACUUCCAUGCUAGUAUGGACCCUGCAAUGAAAGAAGAAGUCCAGCGCGACUGGCAAGCCAAUAAAUGGCAAGUGGUCGUAGCCACUAUCGCUUUUGGUAUGGGGAUCGAUAAGCCAGACGUUCGCUUUGUCAUUCAUCACACGAUACCAAAAAGUCUAGAAGGGUACUACCAGGAAACAGGUCGGGCUGGUCGAGACGGCAAACCUUCUUCCUGUUAUCUAUACUAUGGUUUCCAGGACACCAGAAUACUUACGAAGUUCAUUGACGAUGGUGAGGGUGACGCAGCAGUGAAGCAAAGGCACCGAGAGAUGCUAAAGCGGAUGGUACAAUUUUGCGAGAAUCGGAGCGACUGCCGCAGAGCCGAUAUCCUUUCUUAUUUCGGUGAGCGGUUCAACAAGAAUGAAUGUGGCCAUGGUUGUGACAAUUGCAAUUCCGAUGCUGUCUUUGAGCCGAAGGACGUAACAAAUCUUGUGCAAGCUGCCAUCAAGGUUAUUAACGCUCUAGAUCACGAACAUGUCACCCUUCUAGAUAUAGUCGACAUCCUACGCGGGUCAAACAACAAAAAGUCGAAAGAGAGGAAUAGCAAAGAUAUGGAAGGCUAUGGAAUAGCAAGUCAGCUAGCGCGUCAUGAAGUCGAGCACCUGUUCAUCAAGCUUCUCAUGGAAAACGUCGUGGAGGAAUAUACCCGCAUGAAGGGCCAAUUUCCCCAUACGUACAUUAAGGUACUUGAUAUUCUUUCUGAUUUCUGCUCUUACCCACAAAAUUGGAUUUUCUAACUGUAUUAGCUUGGUAAUAAUUAUAGAGCAUUCGAGACGGGUCGGAAGCGACUAGAAAUCAUGAUGAAAGCGUCGAAACCGCCUAUGGGGGUUAGCAGGAGCUCAAGACGACCGGCGGACAAGGAGGAUGUUCCCAGUACAUCUCGCAACUCGAAAGCGCCACCAACUGCAACCCAAUUUACGUCGCCUCUCACGCCUACCUCACGAAGGCAGAGCAAUAAAGCUUCAACCCGGUACAUUCCCGAUGAUAGUGAAAGCGAUGAUUAUGGCUACACCGAAGACGCGUUCAACCACAUUUCCAAACCAAAGCGGGCUUCCCGGGCUUCAUCUCGGCCUCUUGGACCUCCCAUCACGACCGAUGAUCGAAUGCGCGAUUUACCAGAGAUGCACCGAUUUUGCAUUACCGAUUUUGUCCAAGCAGCAAAGGCCCAGGACGAAAGAUUACGCAACAGAGACGGUCAUCGAAAACCAUACUUUACUGAGAACAAUUUUAGGGAUAUGGCUAUAAAUUGGACCGUGACUGAAAGCGCUAUGCUCGCAAUACCUGGAAUCGACCAGGAAAAAGUAAGACUGUAUGGCAAAAAGUUCAUCCCUUUGAUCAAAAGCGCCCACGAGAGCUAUAGCGACAUGAUGCAGGCUGGCCACAAUCAAGACAUGGACGAAAACCACCAGAUUGUCAUUGAUCUCGUCGACAGUGAUGAUGAGGAGACUGAUGAGGAGGAGUACGAUGAUGAUGAUAUGUCACAAACGGAGGAACAUUCGCACUUUUUUGUGCCGCGAGAGGUUGAAGAAUUCAACCGAUCAUUGGCUCCGACAUCAUCGUCGCGAGAUUCAAGUCGUCCAGCAGCUGCAAGACAACAAUCUGCGGCCCCUGCCAAGGUGUACAAGGGCAACUCCACGGUUCGCGGUAGAGGUGGUCGUGGCGGUAAGAGGGCUCCUCGCAAUAGCACGGGCUCGAGUUCGGGUCGUUCGUAUGCCGCUGGUGUGUCGAAGCGAGGGGGUGCUCGGAGUCGAGGAAAGAAGUCGACUACUACUUGGAGAAAGUCGAGUAAGGCGGCUGCAAGCGAGAACUCUUCUAUGAUGAAUUCGUUUGCUUACAAUAAACCUUCCGGGAGAGGGGGUGGUGGGGGAUUUGGUGGCAUUGGGAUGAUGCCUACGUGAUUCUUGUGGGGAUAGAUAAAAAGGAGCGAGAGACGACGUCUGGCAAUUAAUACCCCCUGUUUAUACUUUUUUUUUUGCUCUGGCUAUGGAGUAUUUUGUUGGCGUUUCGUUGUUGGGCGGGGGAGUAUUGAGAGGUUGUUCUGUGGAAGAACUCUGCUUGGGGUUAUGAUUGAUGAAGGGAUCUGUUUAUCGAUAGUAAUAGGGGGCUCACUUGAUUGGGGUUGUGUAUGCAUGUCUGAGCUUGUUGGCUGGGUGCUUAGAUAUAUGAUGGCGUUAUGAAUGAGGAUGAUGUGCUUGUUGCUGGCUUGCAUUAUGUUUGUUGCACAUGAUCUGUGCCCAGGUGAUCUUUUGCUUUUGGGCUGUACUUGGG